ACACUUCAGUCAGGGAGGGGGAGGUGUGCACACAUUCCAAGUUCCAGAGACGCUGCGGACAGCCCAUUUACUGUCCCGGGCUCAGCAGCUCUCACCCUGUGGAGGACACUUACUGCCAGGCUUACCGAAGACGCUGUCUGCACAGCCACCUGGGCGGCUGCCCCCCCUUCCUGAAACUCUGUGGACCGGUCCAGUCCAGUGCCCACAGAGUAGUUUGGAGUUAGUGGAGGUUGUGCUCGCGGAGCACACCAGGAGAUACUAUGUUACAGCGGGCACAGGGGUGCACACUGGGGGCUACACUGACUGCCAGCUGAGGAAUGGUACUAGGGAGCAUCAAGGGGCACUAACACCUCCUGAAGCAUCGCUGGCUGGACCACAAUGGAGGGGGAACAGGCAGAAGCCAGCAGCCAGGAGCCCCAAGCUGAGGGCAUCGUGCCUGACGCCUUCUCCAGUCUCUGGACAGAGGUGAUGGGAAUGCUGGAUGGUUCACUGGGAAACAUUGACGACCUUGCUGAACAGUACGCUGACUACUACAACACCUGCUUCACAGACGUGUGCGAGAGGAUGGAGGAACUGCGCAAGCGCCAUGUCUCCUUGGAUCUUGAUGAGGAGAAAUCUGAUGCCGGCUCCACAUCAUUACAGCUGCGAUCCCCCCAAAGUGAAGAUUCUGCAGGAUUCAGUAGCACAUUAUCAACACCAGAGACUGAAAGGAAGUUUUCUCUUCAUAAAUCAAGCUCCGAAGAAAGCGCCGUAGGUAAAGUUGAUUGGAAGAAGAAAAAUAAGUAUUUUUGGCAAAAUUUCUGGAAAAGUCAAAAAGGAAUAAUGAGACAAACAUCAAAAGGGGAGGAUGUUGGUUAUGUGGCCAGUGAGAUCACAAUGAGUGAUGAAGAGCGGAUUCAGCUUAUGAUGAUGGUGAAGGAAAAAAUGAUCACCAUUGAGGAAGCGCUUGCAAGGCUGAAGGAGUAUGAGUCGCAGAAUAAGACACAAGGCUCCCAAGAUUCAGCAGAUUGGGCUGAUGGGUCAUAUCCACCCUGUGAUGAGUCUUCCAAUUGUAAUUCGAGAGAACAGUCUGAAGAUGAAUCUGAGGAGUCAGUAAAAUUCAAGAGGCUGCAUAAGCUUGUGAACUCUACUCGGAGAGUGAGGAAGAAACUUAUUAGAGCUGAAGAAAUGAAAAAGCCCAAUACAGAAGGUCUAGAAGAUGCAGUCCAUAGCACUCCUGUCGUAGAUGAUAAAUCAGCACUUUAUUCUGGAGUCCAUAAGAAGCCUCAAUGUAGAGAUAAAUCAGUAGACAAAACACAUCCAGAAGAUUGUCCACUUUCUGUGUCUCCUUCAUCAGGAAAUUUUGACACAAUGAGCGUUAACAGAAAACUAGUAAAAACACUGAGCAAAACAGAAGGACGGGGUCUUAUCAAGCCCCCUAAGAAAAUUGGAACUUUUUUUUCAUAUCCUGAAGAUGAAAAAUCCCAAAAGGUUUCCCGUUCCAUGACAGAACGAGAACUGAGGAAAAGCCUUGGCUCUCUGAGCCAUGGGAGGACUUGCAGCUUUGGUGGAUUUGACUUAAACAAUCGCUCACUACACGUUGGAAAUAAUGCAGACUCUCUGGAGAAAGAUGGAGAGUUUAUAUACAAAGAAGUCAUCAAAUCCCCCACCACACCAAGGAUGUCACUUGGUAAAAAAGUCAAGUCUGUCAAGGAAACUAUGAGGAAAAGGAUGUCAAAGAAAUACACAAGUUCUGUGUCAGAGCAGGACUCCAGCAUAGAUGGCAUUCCUGGUUCCCCUGAAUCUCCACUGCCCCCCACAAGCACACUUGAAAAGCCAAAACUAAAAGCAGGGGGCUCAGUAGAAAGUCUUCGAAGCUCCCUGAGUGGCCAGAGCUCAAUGAGUGGUCAAACAGUAAGCACAACAGACUCCUCAGCAAGCAACAGGGAGAGCGUCAAGUCUGAAGACGGUGAUGAUGAGGAGCUACCGUAUAGGGGACCAUUCUGCGGCAGAGCUAGAGUGCACACAGACUUCACCCCCAGCCCCUAUGAUUCCGAUUCCCUCAAACUUAAGAAAGGAGACAUCAUUGAAAUUAUAAGUAAGCCUCCAAUGGGCACAUGGAUGGGCCUUUUAAACAAUAAGGUUGGCACUUUCAAGUUCAUAUAUGUGGAUGUAAUCAAUGAAGUUGAAGAGAAGCCUAAGCGUCCUACAAGAAGGCGUCGCAAGGGAAGACAACCAAAGCCCAAGUCUGUAGAAGAGCUCUUAGACCGCAUCAAUCUCAAGGAGCACAUGCCAACCUUUCUUUUCAAUGGAUAUGAAGAUUUAGACACUUUCAAACUGCUAGAAGAGGAAGAUUUAGACGAACUGAACAUACAGAAUCCAGAACACAAAGCAGUGCUUCUGACAGCUAUUGAGCUCUUACAGGAAUAUGACAGUAACAGUGAUCAUUCCGGCUCCCAAGAAAAACUACUUACAGAGGGAGAAGGCAGAAGUGGAUGUUCCCCCCGGGAUUCUGGCUGUUAUGAGAGCAGUGAAAACAUAGAGCAUGGUAAAAGUCAAGUGACGUCACCAGUGCCCCCAGAGUCAUCCUCUCAUCAGCUCUAUCCAGGCUUAAAUCUGAAUACAAGCAGGGACAUCACAUAUGGAAACAGUGAAAAGGUUGGGCAAGACCACAUCUAUGCUACUUGUUCAAAGCCAACCGAAGUUGCAGGGUCUAAAAAGAACCGAAGAAGUUUGCCCGUUGCAGUAAGUACAAGUUGUGAGCUGGAUGGGAGCAAAUCUCUUAAAAGCUGGCCAAGAUCUCACUCAAUGGACAAUCUUCAACAAGAUGGAGUCCAGGGCAUUAAUAAAACAUUAAGUGUUUUUUCACCGGAUGAAGGAAAAGAACUGCCUGAGGGUUUAAUAGAGGAGGACAUUGGAGAAAUACAUGACAGAAUAUCUUGUAAUGUGGAUACAGUGACUAAAGGGCACACUACUGAUCAUGUACAAAGCACAAGGACAUCUCAUUUGCAAAGGAAUACAAAAGAACAUAUAGGUCAAAGUCCUGUUUAUUUUUCCCAAGUACCUCUGAACAAGAUGCCCAUAUCUUCUGGAGAAACCAGAGUACCCGUAAAAAACCUUUCACAACCCCCUCCAGUCCCUGCCAAAAAAUGUAGAGAACGGUUUGCAAAUGGACUGCUUCACCCUCCUCUCUGUGUCACUUCAUCCAAUGCUGAAGAAUCUUCUCUUCCUGGUACAAAAUCAGGACAGUUGAGUCCUAAUACCUGUUCUAUAAUUCACACACAAGAAUGCAAUACACCAACUUCUCCCCGACCUACUUGGCAAAUCAGUUCCACAGAUGCUGUCAGUGUUCCUCAACAUGCCGUGAAACUAGGUCCCGUGGCUGCAAGAAAAAUUGCUUGUGUCAGAGGGAUGGAUCAGGAAGUAUUGAUAGAAAACAAGUUACUGGCUGAGGAAAUUGACCUUACAGAAGAACCAUAUUCGGAUAAGCAUGGACGAUGUGGUAUCCCAGAAGCCCUUAUAGAGCGAUAUGCUGAAGACUUAUGUCAACUGGUAAAAGAUGUAGCAACGUCCAUGGACGAAAUCCGUGUCAGACAUCUGAGAAAACAACAUCGCAUGGCGAUACCAAGUGGAGGACUCACAGAGAUUUGCAGGAAGCCCAUUUCUCCUGGACAUAUUUCAUCGGUUUCUGACUGGCUUAUUUCCAUUGGUCUACCUAUGUAUACCCAGCCUCUCAUGGAAGCCGGCUUCACCACAUUAAGUAAAGUGCCUGCCCUCUCACAGACUCACUUACAAGGAGCUGGAAUAAAGGAGGAGAGACAUAUAAAUAAACUUCUUGGGGCAGCGAGACUUAUAAAAUCUGUAACAGUGGAAGCAGUUUAAAGUGUGGACCUAGAGCAUCUGGAGACCUUAUACAUCUAGCAACUUGUGCACAACAAGCUGACGAAUGUAGGUUCCAAAGAAUGGUUUCAGACCUGCCAUGUUCAACUGAAAAAGACAAUUCAUACACGAUAGACCUUCAAAGCAAGUGAACAUGAUGUGGGGUAACUCAAAUGUGCAUUAAUGGUUGGGAAUACCAGACCCUCGACACUUGGGAUAAAGAAAGGUGCUGUGUGGUAUUUGCCGUUAUUUCCGUGGCAUCGGGCACAAGAACAUUUCCUACAGUAGGCCAAAGUAUUCCAAUGAACAAUUGUUGAACAUUUAUAUUAAGUAAUAUAAUCCAGCUUUUUUCCUAGUAAUGGGAAAGGAGUCUUCUUCUGUGGCUAACCUGUAAUAACACAUUUAUUUUGCCUUAAAUACAUUUUCAAGUAAUUUUGUGUCAUUUUAUCAGUCAUUGUCCAUGUAAAUGUAAAAAAAAAAUAUCCUGUUAUAGUUAUCUUUCCUAAAAAGGAAUAUUCAUUGGUGACAUGCAGCCAAAACAUAAAAUAGUCAUAUAUACUGGUAAAUCAGAACUUAGGGGGUCACUUAUUAAACUGUAAAGUAGAACUGGCUUAGUUGCCCAUAGCAACCAAUUAGAUUCCACCUUUCAUUAAGGACAGCUCCUUUGGAAAAUUAAAGGAGGAAUCUGAUCAGUUGCUAUGGGCAACUAAGUCACUUUUUGCCUAUUUUAAAUAAAUUUGAUAAAUGACCCCCUUAGUGUUCAAACAAUAUAUAGACAUUUUCUGUUCUGGGUAGAAAUGCACUUGAAGACAUAUGGAAAAAUAUAUUUAAUUGCUGCACGAAGUUAGUGUUUCAGAUGACACUGCCCCCCCCCCUUUCUUCCCCCUUCAAAAGAAAAAAAAAUCUAAAUCACAAAAAUAUGCAGUAGUGUUAAAAAGGAAAAGAGAAGAAUUGGAAAUCUAUUUUAUGAGAAUUGAGACAUCCCACUAAAGUAAUACUGAAAAUAAUAAUAAUCUUUAUUUAUAUGGCACCACAUAUUCCACAAUGUAGAGGGUUCAUCCUAUCCUGUGCCCUUGAACAUAAAAAAUCUCACUAACAUGUCCAAGGUCACACUACUGCUACGUUCCCAGCCACUUCCUGUCCCUGCAGGACCAGGAAGCGGCUUAGUCUUGUGACCACUGCAGACAAUCACAAGCCUCAGCAGUCACAUCAGCUUGAACACUACAUCACAUUUUUGGUUGGACAACCUACUUAAAGCUCCUGGGAUUCAAUGCUAAAUCAGUAACAGGUUCUGUACCUACCAUGUAGCAUUUGUAAUGGCGUUUUCUCAAGUGGUGGUGGGGCCAUGAAGUGAAACUUCCCAUAGCUUUGUUAUACUAUUUAGCAGGCAUUUGCAGAUUAGCACUAAUUUUUAUCCUACUAAAUGUGUACUGUAACUGGACAUUAUGGCUACAUUGUAGAAAAACUGGAUGCCACAAAAUAUUUCUAUUGACCAAGUGAUGUUCCUACCAUUACAUUAGCAUUAUUUGGGCUCUUGCAUAUGAGCAUCAUCAUAUGAAUUACAGUUAAUGAAUACCUUAAAUGAAAUGCAUUUUUAAAUGUUUUAAAUGCACUUUAUUUAUUAAAGGCACAGAUUUACCUGUGUUUUGAAGCAGCAGCCUUAUUUAUAAUGAUUCAUUGUAACUUUUAUAUUCAAAAUGCUUGUUCGCGGGACACAGAUCAUUGCCUGCACUGAGUGCAUAAAAAAUAUGGUUCCAAUUUAAACAAAGCUUCAUCUAUGAACAAUCCAACCUAGUGCACAGACAUGUGAAGGGACAACCAUAUGGUAAGCUCAUGUGGUAGACUUGUGGUAGAUAAUGCCUCCUCAGCAGAAGCCUUUGAUGCCCAGGUAUAUGAGCCCUACAAUAAUGAAAAUGUGAACAUUUUAACUAUAGGGUUUCAGCCCUUCACAAUCUCGAAAUGGUUAGUGUGAAUAUCACAGUAUCAAAUUAUAAACAGUUUGAGGAGUAAAUAUAUUUUUUUUUUGGGGGGGGGGGUUGUGGCAGUUCCAUAAAGUAACAUUCCAUAAAGGUUUGUGCUGCUAUUAUCCCUUUGGGGUGAUUUCACUCAAAGAGUUUCUUUUGGAAAAAUGCCAUAGCAGUUUUUGAUGCAGGUUUUUCAGCCAAAGCCAGACAUUUAUAUUUUCCAUUCAAUUUAAAUGUAUUUUUGACUUUUGCUUAAAAAAUUGCAGUGACGUUUUUCAAAAAAACACUCUGGCCCAGAUUUACUAAUUGGAUAGAUUGCAUAGGCUUAGACAGGCUGUCUAGACCUGCACCGGAUUUAUCACAGUGGCUCAGGCUGCAUGAUAAAUGUGGUGCAGAGAUAGACUAGAUUUUUAUGCUAGAAUUGUGCCCCUUUCCUAUGGAGUUCUGCCCCCUUUUCCGCUAAACCCUGACCCUUGUCGAGGAUGCCAGAAAAUGUGUAGAAACCCUAAAUGCGCCAAAUUGCUCCAGGGUUUAGACAGAUUUUUGGCACAGGCACAUUAGAAAAUCUGAGCCUCCGUGUGAAACCACCCUUAAUGGGGUUGUCUCUCUGUAGGGAAAAUGUAGUAUUAUUUGGUAGCUAUUCGGAUGAAUGGCCACCCAAUACAAUUCAAUACAAUGAUGUCUCGAGUCUGCUAGAAUGGUUGGUACAGAAAAGCUCUCCAUUCUGGCUCAUAAUGGGUUCCAAACACAGAUGCCCCUCUAUGAUGUCUAUAUGCCCUAAUAUAGCCUAUAAAUAGGGGUUGUCUUAUACCCAUUUAAGGGAAAUGACCAAACAAAAGUGAGUUCUGAAAGUGAGAAUACCGACCAGCAGUAUAUGUAGAUUAUUUACCUCUAUGUAUUCUAUUAGACCAGUUUAGCUGAUAGAUAGCAAUCAACUGAAAGCUACCUGAGUAAUCUUUUUAAGUUUUUUCAGUCUUAAAGUUAUUACACACAAUAUAAUUAUGUACAAUGCCAUGUGUCUAAGAGAUGAUAUUAGUCUUAUAUCUUGGAAGCCACUGCCACACACAAGGCAUUUUAGUUUCUGUGUUUAAGGCCUUAUGCACAUGACCACAUUUUCGGUCCACAUCUGAUCCACAUUUUUUGCAGAUCGGAUGCUGACCCAUUCAUUUAAGGAGCUGCAAAAGAUACGGACAACACACUGUGUGCUGUCCGCCUCAAUAUAUUUCCAUUCUGCAGCCCCGCUAAAAAAAUAAAUAAAAAUAGAACAUGUCCUAUUCUUUUCUGUUUUGUGGACAAGAAUAGGAAUCGGGACCUGCAGAAGGGAAAAAAUGUGGGAUGCACAUGGCCGGCAUCCGUGUUUUGUGGAUCCGCUAUUUGUAGAUGGCCGAGCAGAUAUGGUUGUAUGUAUAUGGCCUUAUGCUUAUUUCUACUUUUUUUCUGGAAGGUAAGUUCCCAUAUAUUUUCAGUUAUAUAUUACUCAGUUUGAUUCAACAGGUUAACCUCUGUUCACAUUACCAUCAUAGCUUCCAUUAUGAAUGAGACAUAUACGAGUCAUCUGUUGUGAACAAAAUAAACAAUAAUCAUGUUUCAAUUAUACGUUGAAGAAAUCAAUAUAACUUAAAACAUACAUUGAUACAUCAACAGAUACAUCAGUCCAUGAGAAAAGCUAUUGUACAAGUCAUGUACACAGAUUUGAACGUAUGAGAAAUACUGUUUAUUUCAGGAAAGAGGAUACACUUUAUUCUAUUAGGCCUCCUGCUGCCCGUUGCCAUAUUGUGGACCGCAUUUACGGAUCCGCAAUACACAGGCGCCGUUCCGUGGCCAUUCUGUAUCACUUCAAUGGGUCCGGAGAUGCGGAACGGAAGCACUGAAUGGAAACCCACGGAAGCACUACGGAGUAGUUUUGUCCAGUACUUCCGUCCUGCAAAAUUAUAGAACAUGUCCUAUCUUUUUGCGGAACGGGUGAAUCAUUGACCCAUUAAAGUGAUUUGGUCCGCGUGUUUGUGCAUUGCUGCCCGCAUUUUUCAGGCCGCAGCACGGCUACGAGGGCGCACAUGUUCUUGUGCAGGAGGCCUUAGUGUUAUAGAGAAAUCUCCUAGGUAGGUCUUUUUCAGUCAGAGAAUCUCAUAAACUGUAAAUUUAUCAUAAAUGAUAAUGCAGCAGACUUCACUUUUUCCCAUCAAAGAGCAAUGAAAGCAGAGCCUUAUGUUUUCUGACCAAAUUAUAAUAUAUCUUUAGGGGCCAAUUACAGUGUGCAAAAGCAUUACAAAUAACAUUUAUACGGUAGACCAUUUCCAGUACUUAUAUACUGUAUAUACAUAUGUCUUCAUCUGCAGUAUUCUUGAAACUUUACAUUAAUGUUGAGAACCUAACACUUCUUCCUUGCGGUACAUUUAUUAAAACUUUUGGUGCAAAGGAUAGAGAUUGUAUUACAUCUAGCAGCCUGUCCAGUCUUGACAGUAGACCAGUUCCACUCUGAAAAUUAUCUUACUGGUUGAUCUGGACAGCAGAUUUCUAAUUUGCGCAAGUUCGUUAAAUUCUUCCUCUAGAGAGGAGCAUAGUGGCAGAAGAUAGUGUUCAGUAGACUCUUGAAUUAGUGUGAGUGCAGUUUGCACACCCGUGUGCUAAGAGCUUUGUUACCUGACUUGUAUAUAAUAUAUAGCUUUUGUUGUGUUCUUCUUUCACUGUAAAUUAAAAUCUUUACUUAUUUUAUUAAAAUUGCUGCAGUUUAUUCAGCCUAAAAAUCGCAGUCAAUGAUUCCAUACACUAUUCUGUUUCUUACUACUGAAUUUCUGGAUGUUACUCAAUAGUUACAUUCACAACACUUUCUAAUUCCUGUCUCAAUCAUAACCUGUAUCAGCCGCCAGAAAUCAACUUCCAGCUGACAAUUCUUCAAUGUUCUGUCCGUUAACAUCAUGUGUAUAUGCAAAAUGUUAUUAAUAUUAAACUUUUAAUAUCUGCAAUUUAUUUUAGAAAAAAAAGAUUCUUUACUGUACAUGCAUUUUAGUUGUGAUCUAUUUACAGAGAUUUAUUUUAUUCCAAAUGUAUAAUUGUAUAAAUAAUAUAGCAUUUUCAACAUAUUUUAAGUAUUAAUACAAAAAUCUAAUACCUGUUCAGAUGACCAAUUAACUGUGUAAUAUUAGAGUGUUGUGAACGAUCUUGAUGUAUAACACAAACCCCAAACCAAUUGAAUGGGUGUUGGGGGAGGAGGAAAACAGUUUUUAAAGAUACUUUGUUGAACACAGACCCUCAUAGUAAAGAAAGUAUUAUUCGGGUUUAAACAUUUCCACUAUAGCCUUAAAAAUAGCCUUACCAAGGACCCGUAUUUACGUAGGUCUUUGAUAUCCCCUGCACCACUACAGAAUGCGCUUAAUUUGCUAUGAGGCACAGGCCCAUUACAAAUUAGGUACAUCCUUCGGCAUUCCAUGCUCCUAGAAUGAAAUAUUCUCUAGCUAGCUGGAGUAGAUUUCACUUUAGAUUUAUAUCAGUAAUCUGGUGUAAAUGAUAGUGAAUGUGCCAGGGCAGAUGGCCCCAACCAUAUCACGCCCACUGCUCCCCCUUUUCAGAAAGUGGAAAGGGCCAUGAAGAAACGCCACUUGUGGUAUCUAAAAAAAAAAAAAAGCAAACCACGGGAUUGUAACUUUUUUUACAGCAGUUUCUGGCAUAGGGGGUCAUAGUAAAUGACCCAAUUUAAGCUCUUCCAUGAGAGGCAUUAGCAGGAAUUACAAAUGUUGUAUUGCUCACCGCCAUCUCAUCAAAACUUGAUCUCCCCAAAAUGAAUUAUUACAUUUAAAAAGUGAAUGUCGUGUUCCAUAGUAACUGAGACCGAUACUCAGGUGUCUGUGUUAAAGUGACUGUCAAACUGGUAUUAUACUACAACUACUACCUGCUCAUUCAAAUUCAAGUAUUUUCAGUAUUUGAUUAAAAAAAAAAUCUAAGAAUCCAGAAUUUACAAUUUUAUGCUGACCUACUAGGUCUUUAACAGGACAAACAUAACCAUUCCUUCUAAUGGGCAUUUUCUUUCAAAGAUUAUUAUUAAAGGGAAUGCAGCACUUUUCUCCACUGUCAUUGUAUGACAUAGUGUAUACCACCAUUAGCAAGGUUACACACAAUUUGUAUAAUAACAAUGAUGUCUCCGCAUAUAUCCUUUGGAAGAUAAAGAAUUUUAACAACUAAUUAUGUUGCACUUUCUGUAUAUGAAAAUCCAUAUUUAAAUAACUUAUUUUUCUCCAUUUGCUAUUCUGAAAUUGUAAGUAGCUGUAAUAUACAUGAUAUCACCAUGUCAUUUGCAGUUUGCUUACGCCCAAGAACGCUAUGUAUUGUAAAAAUAUGAAUGUGUAAAGACUAUUGUACUCGUCCAACAAAACUAUGGUUGACUUUUUUUUCUUUCCUGUGAAACAAAUUAUGUCUAUAAUAGUGUCAUUCUGUUCAUAAGAAAAUAAAUAAAUUGACUUCA